GCAGGAACAGAUGCACAGGGAGCUCUCUCUGAACAUGAGGAAGAACUUUGCUGUGCGGGUGACACAGUCCCUAGAGAGGGCGUGGAGUGUUCAAGCCUGGAGAUAUUCUUAAAAACCCCAACAAAACACCAAAACACGGACGGAAUCCUGUUCCGUUUGCUCUGGGAUGGCCCUUCUGGACCACAGCAGGGCUCUUCCAGCCUGACUCCGUGUGUGAUUCUGGGACUCCGGGGCGGUGGCGCUUCCGGGCAGCGAGCUGCGGUUCCGGGGCAGAGCUGCGGUCCCGGGCACUGAGCGGCGGCUCCGGGGCUUGUGCCGCGGUUCCAGGGUUUGAACGGCGGCUCCGGGGCUCAGCGGCGGUCCCGAGCAGAGCGGCGGUCCCGGGCACUGAGCGGCGGUCCCGGGCAUUGAGCGGCCGUCGAGGGCACUGAGCGGCGGUCCUGGGCAUUGAGCGGCGGUCCCGGGCACUGAGCGGCGGUCCCGGGCAUUGAGCGGCGGUCGCGGGCACUGAGCGGCGGUCCCGGGCAGAGCCCGGCUCCGGCAGCCCAGGCUCCGGGGCCAUGGAGGAGCAGCAGCGGCGGGCGCUGCGGCGCGGGCGGGCCCGGCUGGUGGCGGCGCUGCGGGUGGAGCCGCUCUGGGAUCCGCUGGAGCAGCGCGGGCUCUUCACCCGGCCAAUGCUGGAGGAGCUGCAGAGCGCUGGCAGCCGAGGAGAGCAAGCCCGUCAGCUGAUCAUUGACCUGGAGACUCGAGGGAAGCAGGCUUUCCCUGCCUUCCUCUCCAUCCUGCGGGACACCGGGCAGGGCGACCUUGCCGAGAUGCUGAUCCAGGAGUGCGAAGCCCGGCCGGUGCCAGCGCAGCUGCCCGACCUGCGGCCCGUGGAGCUGGAGCUGCGGGAGGAAAAACAGCGUAAAAAUGUGACCCCUCGUGAACGUUUGUCUAUCCCAGUCCAAGCUGAGAGUGAAAGACCUCGAAUGCCUCCUGUGCCAGCCCGGGCUUCAGCUGUUGACAAGAGGAGCCAUGACCAGGAUUAUGAGAUGAAAGCGGAUCCCUGCGGACACUGCCUGAUCCUCAAUAACGUCAAUUUCUCCAGAGACUCGGGUCUGUCCACCCGAGAAGGCUCUGACAUUGACUGUGAGAAGCUGGAGAGGCGCUUCAAGGCCUUGCGCUUCACCGUCCUGACCCGGCGGGAUCUGAAAGCUCAGGAAAUGGUGUUGGAGCUGCUGAAGCUGUCACGGCAGGACCACAGUGCUUUGGACUGCUGCAUUGUGAUCAUCCUUUCCCAUGGCUGUCAGACGAGCCAUAUUCAAUUUCCUGGAGGUGUUUACGGAACGGAUGGAAAACCCAUUCCCAUAGAAAAGAUUGUGAACUAUUUCAAUGGGUCCAAUUGCCCGAGUUUGAGAGGAAAACCCAAACUGUUCUUCAUCCAGGCCUGUGGUGGAGAACAAAGGGAUCAAGGCUUUGUAGUGGAUUGUGAUUCGCCUGAAGAGGAAGCUCCUGGGGGUUUCUUGGAAUCGGACGCGACCCCGUUUCGGGUUUCAUCAGAUAACGUGGAUGAGCCCGAUGCCAUUGCCAGUUUGCCCACACCUAGUGACAUCUUGGUUUCCUACUCAACUUUUCCAGGUUUUGUCUCUUGGAGAGAGAAGUCAAGUGGCUCGUGGUAUGUGGAAACGCUGGACAGUGUGCUGGAGCAAUACGCCCAUUUGGAAGACCUGCUCAGCAUGUUAGUGAGGGUGGCACAUGCUGUCUCUGCCAAGGGGAGGUACAAGCAGAUGCCGGGAUGUUUCAAUUUCCUCCGUAAAAAAUUCUUCUUCAUGUGCCACUGACACGUGGGCUCCAUGCCCCCUGCCAAGCACUGGAGAUUCUUCCUGUGCCUGAAUGAAAUCUGUGCCCACCAUGACCUGGUGUCAGUGCUCCCUGUGGAUUUUGUCUGUGUGUCCUGAUGUUUGUCUGGAGAAAUGUGAUCCGCGAGUGCUGGCUUUGCCAUGGAGUGGAGAUGAGAUGGAGAUUGUGCUGUGCCGAUGGGAAAUGUUGUGGAUGGAGGGGGAAGUCCAUUCGCUGGAGAACAGAGCCAGAGGAGAGCACUUCUGGCUCAGCCUGACAUGACCACACUUGGCCUCAGAGUGUUUUUCUUUGGUGAUCAUGAUAUUUGUGUCCUGUGCUGUCCAGGUAACUGAUUGAGGGGACCAGGGUCUGAUGUUCAAGUGAAAUGGGAUGAGUUUUGCAGUCAGUGUUUCUAAUAAAUGCAAUUAAAGAGCAAA